UAGGUAACUUUGGGAACGUCCAGGAGGGCUCUCCCCAGGUCAGCGGUAGGAGGAAGGUGGAGAAGCCAGUAGCAGAGACGGUGUGGGAUGGUCAGGAUCUCGACAGUACCCCCCUGAUGGACACCCAGGACCCCAAACCUGGGCUCUGGCAGUCUCCGUGCCAGUCCACCACACCCCCAGAGAAACCCCACUUAAUUGGUGGAAACAGGCAUUACAAUUACCUGCCCAUCCAUCAGCAGAAGCCUUGUGUCCAUGUGAUGAGCUGCUGGGAAGACCGGACUUACCGUCUUCACAGCUCUAACUUGCUGGAGAACAUCGCUGUCAUGUUUGAAGAAGGCGUGGCCAAGGCAGAUGAACUGAACAAGUUGUCAGAUCCAGGAACGGAAGCUGUCACGCGCCGAGUCUUUCAGGAGUUUAUCGUGGACGCCAGGAGAUUCAUAGCCUUUGCAGAAGGGAAAGUGCGAAUGAACCAUCUGACCAUGUUGGAUAAGAAACGUCUGACCAUGUGUAAACAGGAGCUGGAGAGUAUGGUCGGAAAGGCAGAAACCAUCUCAGAGGGGAAGAGGAAGGCUCGCAGUAUGAAGGGAGAUGUUGCAGGAG